AUGAGGAGAACAUCGGUCUCGCUGCCUACGAAGCACACUGCUCGCGACCCCCACGAGAAGCCCGCGCGCUACGAGUCCGGUAACCACCACCGGGCUGACCACCGAGGCGGCAUCCUGGAGAAACUACAGCAAGCCGCAGGCAUGAACCAGACACAGAAGACGAGGUGGCUGAAGACCACGGCGAUAGUGGUGUUCCUGGUCUUCCUCUUCUACUAUCUGUCGCCAAAGGGCGUCGACAUCUACGAGAAGGGUGUGUCCAAGUCUGGCCAGACCCCCUCGGACUCGACCUACGGCACUGAAAAGUGCACCAAGUCCUUCUCGAAAGACAAGCCCAUCACCCAGUAUGUGCUGAUGAUCGAUGCCGGCAGCACGGGAUCGCGCAUCCACGUGUACAAGUUCAACAACUGUGGCCCGACCCCGGAGCUGGAGAAGGAGGAGUUCAAGAUGACCGAGAAGAGCGUCGGUGGCCUGAGCAAGUAUAAGGACGACCCUCUCGCCGCCGCCCGCACUCUCGACGAUCUGAUGGCUGUCGCCAUGGAGACGGUCCCCAAGAAGCUCAUGGGAUGCAGUCCUGUGGCCGUCAAGGCCACCGCAGGUCUCCGUAUGAUCGGCGCCGAGGCCAGUGAGCGCAUCCUGGAGGCCGUUCGCAACCACCUCGAGACCAACUACCCCUUCCCCGUUGUGGCCAAGGAGGAGAAUGGUGUCGCCAUCAUGGACGGCUCCGACGAGGGUGUCUAUGCCUGGAUCACGACCAACUACCUUCUUGGCAAGAUUGGCGGACCUGACCAGAGCCCCACGGCUGCCAUCUUCGAUCUCGGCGGUGGCUCUACGCAGAUCGUGUUCGAGCCGACAUUUAAGGGAGUCGUCGGCGGCGGGAUGCCCGAGAAGCUGGCCGAGGGCGACCACAAGUACAAGCUCGCAUUCGGUGGCCGUGACUUUGAGCUGUACCAGCACUCUCAUCUGGGCUAUGGUUUGAUGGCCGCGCGCAACGCCAUCCACCUCGGCCUGCUCAACGACCUGGCCAAGGAGAAGACCGGAACCGAGUGGCUCAAGAAGCCCAUCCUCAACCCCUGCAUCAACGCCGGACAGUCUGACAAGAUCACCGUCGAUCUCGGCAAGGACUCCACCUUUGGCUCCGGCAAGGUCGAGCUGAACAUGACGGGCCCGUCCAUCCCGGCCCCGGCGCAGUGCCGCCAGCUCGCCGAGCGCAUCUUGAAGAAGGACGCCUCGUGCGCGUUGGCGCCCUGCUCCUUCAACGGCAUCCACCAGCCGUCGCUGGCCAAGACGUUCGCCAAGGAGGAUGUCUACGUCUUCAGCUUCUUCUACGACCGCCUCAAGCCCCUCGGCAUGCCCGACAGCUUCACCCUGCGCGAGCUGCACGACCUGACCAGCACCGUCUGCGGCGGCGAGUCCUCCUGGGCCCUCUUCUCCAGCAUCCCCGGCGCGCUGGAGGAGCUCCGCGACCGUGGCGAGUACUGCCUGGACCUCAACUUCAUGAUUGGCCUGCUGCACACCGGUUACGACAUGCCGAUCGACCGCGAGGUCCGCAUUGCCAAGAAGAUCAAGGGCAACGAGCUGGGCUGGUGCUUGGGUGCCAGUCUGCCCCUCCUGUCCAAGAACUCGGGCUGGACCUGCAAGGUCUCCGAGAUCCACUAG